AUGUCAUCAUCAUCAUCUGUUGUUCCUGACUACUUGAGAGAUGAAAAAUUGACACAAGAAACAAGAGAUCUUAUUUCUUCUCUGCCAAGCGAGAAAGGUUGGUUAGUGAGUCAAAUUUAUCAGUUCCAAGGAUAUUGGCACACAGAAGCUCUGUUACAAGGAAUCUUGACUUGCCAAAAACACUUUGAGGCCAAAGAUUCUGACAUUAUCCUCGUCACCAAUCCUAAAUCAGGUACCACUUGGUUAAAAUCUCUUGUCUUCGCUCUCAUAAACCGACACAAGUUUCCAGUUUCUUCUGGUAAUCAUCCUCUUCUUGUCACCAAUCCACACCUUCUUGUGCCCUUCUUGGAAGGAGUUUACUAUGAAUCUCCGGAUUUUGAUUUCUCCUCCUUGCCUUUUCCAAGACUCAUGAACACGCACAUGUCGCAUCUUUGUCUGCCUGACACCGUUAAGAGCUCGUCUUGUAAGAUUGUGUAUUGUUGUAGGAACCCUAAGGACAUGUUUGUGUCCUUAUGGCAUUUUGGGAAGAAACUUGCUACUCAAGAAACCGCUGAUUACCCUAUUGAAAAAGCUGUUGAAGCGUUUUGUCAAGGGAAGUUUAUUGGUGGACCCUUUUGGGAUCAUGUGUUGGAGUAUUGGUAUGCGAGCCUCGAGAAUCCGAACAAGGUCUUGUUUGUUACAUAUGAGGAGCUCAAGAAGCAGACAGAGGUUGAGGUUAAGCGAAUUGGUGAGUUCAUUGGAUGUGGUUUUACUGCCGAGGAGGAAGUGAGUGAGAUUGUUAAGUUGUGUAGUUUUGAGAGUUUGAGUAGUUUGGAAGUUAACAGACAAGGGAAACUGCCAAAUGGAAUAGAGACUAAUGCUUUCUUUAGAAAGGGAGAGGUUGGAGGAUGGAGAGAUACUUUGAGUGAGUCCUUGGCAGAUGUUAUAGAUAGAACCACUGAAGAGAAGUUUGGAGGGAUAGGGAACUUGACUCUGGUGAUCGAGGAAGGAGACUAUCUUGAUUUAAGCACUCAGGUGUGGCACUAG